UCCGCGCCCGUAUCUCCUAAACGAAGACUAGUUUCGUAUGUUGACGACACGAUUGUUUCCGACGAGGAGCCUGUAUCACCGAGUGCAGAAAACCAAGACGACAUGAGGAGACUUUCAAUGGAAACUGACACCGAUGAAGCUGUGCCUCGUUCUGAACCCGAGGAUACAGAAGACGGAGUCGUUAUACCUCCAGAACCACCGGGAAAGUGUCCAAAAGAAUUACAAGAUAUAAUAGCAAAGUUCUACAAUCGGAUGCAGACAGAAGGCUUAGACAUGAAUAGAAUAAUACAGGACAAAAAGAAUUUUAGGAAUCCGAGUAUAUACGAGAAAUUUAUACAAUUUUGUGACAUAAUUAAACUGUAG